AUGACCGUUAGUGUGCAGGAGAGUCUCAACCUGCCAAAACCUGAACUGUUAACAUUUAAUGGAAACCCGUCGGAUUAUGGUAAAUUCAUCUGUAAUUUUGAGACAAAUAUAGAAUCAAGGGUAAAUGACAAUAGGUUAAAACUAAGCUAUCUAAUUCAGUUUUGUCAAGGUGACGCUAAGCGUAGUAUUGAGGAUUGUGUUGUGUUGCCGACCGAGGAGGGAUUCGAACGAGCGAAAUCGAUUUUAGAAUCUAGGUAUGGUAAGCCACAUUUAGUUGCAAGAUCACAUGUAGAGAAAUUAAUCAAUGGCAACAGUAUAAGAAAUAAUGACAUUAAGGGUCUCAUGAAUCUGUCUCUUGACAUGGAAAAAUGUCAGAUCAAUUUAUCACAAGUAGGGUUCAUGUCGGAUCUUAAUAACACUGAAAAUCUAAGAAAAAUUGUUCGCAGAUUACCUUUUAAUAUUAGGUCGAAAUGGGUCGAGCGAGCAAGCCGCUUAAUUGAGCAGGGAAUCGAACCAUCAUUUGAUGAUCUUCUUACCUUUGUAAAAGAGAGGGCCACAGUUGCAAAUACUAUGUACGGCCAUGACCUGCAUUAUGAGUCAAAAUCUGUUCAAGUUAGGAAACCUCAAAUGACCUCUCCCCCGCGCGAGAAAUUUGUAACUCUAUCCACUAGCUCUAGCAAUAAAUUUCUAGGUAACGGUCUACCACAGAAACGCUCUGCGUGUUUAUCUUGUGUAUACUGCAGAGAGGGUCAUAAACUCAUUGAUUGCCCGAAGUUUAAAUUGAUUGACCUUAAGGAAAAGUUGAAUGUUGUCAGAAUGCACAAAAUGUGCGAGAACUGUCUAAACUUUAAACACUCUGCUAAAUUCUGUCGCAAAAAUAGUCUUUGUGAAGUUUCGGGUUGCAAAGAGAAGCAUCAUACUAUGUUGCAUGAUGAAAUUAGGCAUGUUGAAUAUAAUAAUGGACAGAGUAAUUGCUGUAAUGUUUCACAGUUAGGUAGUAAACGUAAUCGGGUGAGUUUACGGAUCGUCCCUGUAGUAGUACAAAAUGGUAACAAACAGGUGAAAACGUACGCCUUGCUCGACGAAGGUAGUGACGUAACACUCUGCAGUGAUGAGCUUGUUAGGAAAUUGGGAGCCGUAGGUAUACGCCGUGAGUUUACUAUUACAACAGUAAAUCAGUCUACUGAAAGGAAAAGGGGCUUAGAAGUACAGUUUAAGGUAAGUUCUUUAGAUAAAAGGGAAACCUUAGAUUUAAAUAAAGUAUGGUCAGUGCGUAAAAUGCCCAUAUCUCUGGAUUCAUUGCCCGAUCGUAGAGAGGUAAGUAAGUGGAGACAUUUAGAUGGUAUUGACUUACCGCAGAUAAGCGAAGGGCAAGUUGAACUAUUGAUAGGUAGUGAUGUACCUGAAGCCUUCUGGGUAGAGGAAGAAAGGCGAGGAAGAAGAGGCGAGCCUUAUGCUAUACGAUCGCUCUUGGGGUGGAGCAUUAUAGGACCCGCAGGUAAGAGUACACUGCAAACGGCUGUCAAUGUAAAUUUUCAGCAAAGCCUGAGCGUGCAUGACCAGAUUGAUAAACUAUGGAAUACCGAUUUUCCGGACAUGAAACUUGAUAGUGGUGUAGGCAUGUCGCAAGAAGACCGCCGUGCACGCUCAUUGAUGGAAAAUUCGAUUACUCUUGAAAAUGGUCACUACAAGUUAGGUCUCCCAUGGCGGGACAAGGGUGUUCAUUUACCAAACAAUAAAUCAAUGGCUCUCAAACGAUUCGAUCAUUUAAAGAGAAAACUUGGUAAAAACGAGGAGUUAUACACCCUUUACAAGAACACUAUGGAAGGCUAUAUUGAACAGGGUUAUGCUGAACGGUUACUUGAGACUGGUCUAAACGAUGAUAGGCGCGUGUGGUACCUUCCUCAUCACCCUGUGAUAAAUCCAAAGAAACCUAAUAAGGUAAGAAUUGUUUUCGAUUGUGCAGCAAAGUUUAGGGCACUUCCUUGA